AUGGACUGCGCCUCCGAAGCUCCGCGAAGCCCGAUGCAGGUCGCCAGGAAAGGGUCAUGGGCGCCCUGGAGGCGCGCACUGCACCGCCCCAGGCUGUCCGCUGAUGCCGCCGAAGAUGAUGCCGGCGCAGCGGGAGAGCAGCUGAGCUGCCUUCCCUUCACUCUGCCCAAGCAGCUGAGGGCUCCCUGCGCCCCCAGUGGCAGCCUCAGCAGCUCCAGGCUGAUCAUAGAAUAUGAGACCACAAGGGCCAUCCAGUCCUUCUUUACCAACCUUAUUUCUGUCUGGGUUUGUGUUUUACAGGAGGACUUCCAUGACACGGUUACAAUGGAGGACCAGAUUUAUCUUCUCCUGGAGGCCAAACUUCAGUGCAAACUAAAUAUCACUCCUCUGCUACAGGAGGAAGGAGAAGGCAACUGCUUCCCAGAAUGGGAUGGUCUGAUCUGCUGGCCCAGGGGGUCUGUGGGGGAAACAUUAGCUGUCCCAUGCCCUCCUUAUAUAUAUGACUUCAAUCACAAAGGCAUGGCUUUCCGACGCUGUAGCUCAAAUGGAACGUGGGUCUCUGUGCAAAGUUUGAACCAGACAUGGUCUAAUUAUUCGGAAUGCAUUGACUUCCUGCAAGCAGAAAAUAGCCCAGGAAAGAAGGAAUUCUUCGAACGCCUCUAUGUCAUGUAUACCGUUGGGUAUGCCAUCUCGUUCUGCUCUCUGGCUGUGGCGAUCUUCAUCAUGGGCUACUUCAGGAGACUUCACUGCACCAGGAAUUAUAUACACCUGCAUCUGUUUGUCUCUUUCAUGCUCAGAGGUACCAGCAUAUUUAUAAAAGACAGAGUAGUUCAUGCUCAUAUUGGAGUCAAAGAGCUUGACUCGCUGCUCGUGGGUGACCUGCAAAAUAUCAUAGCGGCUCCAGCCCCGGACAAGUCCCAGUACGUCUGGUGCAAGAUUACUGUGGUGAUGUUUAUUUACUUCUUGACGACCAACUACUACUGGAUCUUGGUUGAAGGCCUCUAUCUGCACAGCUUAAUAUUUGUGGCCUUCUUUUCGGAUAGCCAGUACCUGUGGCGUUUCAUCUUAACAGGCUGGGGGUUUCCAGCUGUUUUUGUCGUGGCCUGGGGAAUAGUCCGAGCAACUGUGGCAGAUGCAAGGUGCUGGGAACUCAGUGCUGGAGACAUAAAAUGGAUUUACCAAGCUCCAGUUUUAGUAGCGAUUGGGUUAAACUUUAUUCUGUUCCUCAACACUGUUCGGGCUCUGGUGACAAAAAUUUGGGAGACAAAUGCUGUUGGCCACGACGUAAGGAAGCAAUAUAGAAAACUAGCCAAAUCCACCUUGAUCCUGGUCCUUGUCUUUGGCGUGCAUUACUUUGUCUUCGUAUGCCUGCCUCACACGUUCACUGGGCUGGGCUGGGAGAUCCGGAUGCACUGCGAACUCUUCUUCAACUCUUUCCAGGGUUUCUUUGUCUCCAUCCUCUAUUGCUACUGUAAUGGAGAGGUGCAGGCUGAGAUCAAGAAGACCUGGGCUAGGUGGAACCUGGCUGUGGACUGGGAGAGGACGGCUCCUUGUGGGAGCUAUCGCUAUGGCUCUGUCCACACACACAUGAUGCACAGCACCAGCAGCCAGUCUCAAAUGGCGGCCAGUUCCCGCGUGGUACUGAUUUCCACCAGGGCUGGCGAAAACGUCACCCGGCAGAACGACGCCCAGAUAACUUUGCCUGGGUAUGUUAGGAGCAACUCUGAACAGGACUGUGUGCCCCGGUGGACUCAUGAAGAGGCUGAAAAAGAAGAAGAGGAGGAGGAGGAGGAGAAAAGGCUUGAUGCUAUUUCUCUCAAGGAGUCCUUUACGCUUCAGGGCCAUUGCGCAGGCUCCCUUAAGGAGGAGGUGGCGGAGAGCAGGGCUGAAGUAGAGGCAGCACUUUAGCAAGCCAGAGAGGCACAGGCAUGAAAGAGAG